AUGAUGUCGAUGAACAGUAAGCAGCCUUUCAGUAUGCACCCCAUACUCCACGAACCCAAAUACGCUCCUCUGCACUCCAGCUCGGAGGCCAUCCGAAGGGCCUGCCUGCCCACACCAUCGCUUCAGGGCAACAUCUUCGCCGGCUUUGAUGAGAGCUUGCUGCAGAGAGCCGAGGCUCUGGCCGCGGUGGACAUCGUGGCCCAGAAGAGCCAUCCGUUCAAACCAGACGCCACCUACCACACCAUGACCACCAUGACCAGCAUGGCCUGCACCCCGACCUCCUCCUCCGCGCACCUGCACCACCCGUCGGUGCUCACCUCCCACCACCACCCGGUGCACCACCAGUCGGCGCAGGGCCUGGACGGCGACCUGCUGGACCACCUAACACCGGGCAUCUCCCUGGGAGGCAUGGCCGGCUCGGACGUUUGCUCCACGGCCUCGCACACCGCCCACGCCGCCCACAUGUCGGCCAUCAACCACAUGCAGCAUCACCACCACCACCAGCAGUCCAUGAACAUGCACCCGCACGCGCAGCUGUCCCACGGCUCCCUGGGGUCCGCCGGCUUAGACUCGGAGCCCGAUCCCCGGGAGCUGGAGUCGUUCGCUGAGAGGUUCAAACAAAGGCGAAUCAAACUCGGGGUGACACAAGCGGACGUGGGCUCGGCCCUGGCCAACCUUAAGAUCCCCGGGGUCGGGUGUCUGAGCCAGAGCACCAUCUGCAGGUUCGAGUCCCUGACGCUGUCGCACAACAACAUGGUGGCCCUUAAGCCGAUCCUGGAGGCCUGGUUGGAGGAGGCGGAGAGGGCGCAGAGGGAGAAGAUGUCCAAGCCGGAGAUCUUCAACGGGGGGGACAAAAAGAGGAAACGAACGUCAAUCGCGGCCCCGGAGAAGCGCUCCCUGGAGGCUUAUUUCGCCGUGCAGCCGAGGCCAUCGUCGGAGAAGAUCGCCGCAAUCGCCGAGAAACUUGACCUGAAAAAGAACGUGGUCCGGGUUUGGUUUUGCAAUCAGAGGCAAAAGCAGAAACGAAUGAAGUUUUCUGCGACGCACUAA